CCUAUGGAUGGACAAUGCAGCGCUCGCAGACAAGCCCGCAAUGCUGAACUAUUCUGCUCGUGUUCCUGAAUGCUUGAUUCGUGUGCAGAGAUAGGUGUAUAUUACUCGACUUUAACAUACGGCUCCAACUGUUACCAUGAAGUUUCCUCCUGGAUUCCCGACCAUUACGCGGAUAGGAUACUAGUUGACCUGCCAUUUACACGUACUCCGUGAUUAUGUUAUAAUGGAAUAUUGUCUGGUGAAGAGGACACUGACUAUUGCUCUGGCCAUCAAUUUGCUGUCCGUAGUACAGACUGAUAAUUUCCGUUGGACACAUCUUGAGCCGCCAGGUACCCUCUACAAGGUGGUUGGUGAGAGACUGGACCUAGAGUGUUCCUAUUUCAAAGAUGAUAAAACCAAUUUGUCAGACAGCCUAUCUAUGCAGCGUUGUAGAAGCAGGGUGUGCGUCACCUUACCAUCAGAGACCAUCAACCGCACAUCUAUCCGGACAUCCAUUGAGAGUCUCCUCGUGGAAGACGGCCAAACGUACAAAUGUUCUUUCAAGCUCCAACCGGACACCAUGUCCUUGACCUAUGUCAAGGUCGGCUACCGGCCAUCACCUCCGAAGGAUAUAUACUGUUUCUCAAGGAACCAUCUCGACAUGAACUGCACUGUGACGUUAGCAGACAGAGACGCAAGGUCCGAGCUCGUUCCUAAUAUCACCGUUUAUUUCCAGUCAACCAGGUCUACAAAAUGGCUGAAGUGUCCUAAUUACAAUGCUCGGUACCACUACUGCUACUGGAGGGCUCCGCCCAUCUCGGGGAAAGAUUUAGACAAUGACUUUGUGAUCAAUAGAGGGUACAUUAUCCUUGUCAAGGUGAUGAACGUUUUAGGGAGUGACCAGUCCGAACUGCCGAUUGAUGACACUUCCACUAUUGUGACGAUAUCUAACCUGCACCAAUUUAAAGGAAUCAAUAUUACCAGUAGAAAGGCCGUCCUUACCUGGGGAUUACCGGAAGCUCUAUUUCCGGUGACAUUUGACAUCGACUUUGAAAUCAACUAUACAUCAAAAUGGGACCCUGAGAAACAGAUUAUUUACAGAAGUAAAAAACAAAUGCGCAAAGUAAUGAAAGACCUCAUCCCAAAUACAAAAUAUGACGUGUCUAUUCGGGCAAGAGGACGUCGAAUGGUUUUGGAUGAACGAAGCUGGAGUCCCGUGAAUAAGGUUUCUUUUAAGACCAAAAAGGACGCCCCGAGUGCGGCCCCGAGGUCUACAGUAGGGGGAUACUUCCUGUCCAGACCUGGUAUCAACAACACGGGCGAUAACUGUGCUUUACAAAUCUACCUCAAGCCUGUCCCGAAGAAGCAGAGAAAUUGUGAUCUGUCUGACAUGAGCUACAGGGUGACCCUGGAGGGCGAAACGAACCCAGAGUAUAAAGUAGUUGAUCCUGCUGCGACACUUAUACUAGUACUUAGCCACAAGUCAUGUUUGAACAAAGGACCAAACAGAGUGAUUGUUCAGGCGUGUACCGAGGGAUACCAAUGUUCCAGGAAACGUUCAGUCAUUCACAUUCCUUCAGUCGAUAAGGAUAGUGACACCGAGAUUCCACGAGCAACAGAAGUCAUUGUGGAGGGAUUUGGAGACACACAUUUUACAGUGUCCUGGUCAACAGCGGCUUAUGUCAAUGCAAGUCUUGUUAGACAAGUCACGAUAUUCUGGUGUAGAGGAAAUAAGGAUCAACAUGUAUGCGAGAGAAAUCUGUCAUGGAAGAUAAUAAAGAAGUAUGUGGCAAAUGCUGAUAUUGAAGUUAAACAUUUAAAUUACCGAAACUGGAUUUUUGCGGUGUCACUCACAACACAUAAAGGGAAAAGCGGUGGCAUGGCGUUUGCUGACUGUCAGUUCCUUUAUGAUAAAACCGAAUCCCAGGAGAUAACGGCCGUGGCAUCAGUGAAGCCAACUUUUAACCUUUUGACGGGAAACAGUAUGAAAUCACUCGACAUCGUCUCCCUGUCCUUCAGAUACUGCGAUGUUCAGUUUCUGAACAGAAAACCAGAACAAUACGAAGUGUUCUAUAAGAAAGCAUCAGGGGACGAGGAAGAGGACUGCAUGGAAGGAGCACAGUCAUUUAACGUGACGGCGUGCGUAAGUCUCCAGGAAAUUGUUUUGCCUGACCUUGACCCCAUGGCUCAGUAUUCGGUGUGUAUGAGGAUCCGGACGAGUGUCGGGGCAAGCAAACUCAGUGAUGUCAGAUGGAGGAAACCACUCAAACACCCUGGCGGGGUUGAUGCGGUACUUGUUGGCGGCCUUAGUACAGUUAGUAUAAUCGUGUUCCUGCUGAUUUUGACGUUCGUUAUAUGGCGUUGUUACCUGAAAUAUGAAAAUAUGGACGCCAAAAUAGAGCUCCCUUCUGUCGACACAGAUCACCAAAGUAUCGUCGAAACAUCGAAAUCGAGACAAGCUUCCAAUGGGGAUAGUGGAUUUGAUUCUCAAUACGUCUCCCCCCAUACAUCUGAAGAAAAGAAAAGAUCAAUGCAGUAUCGCACGGCCUCACCGCAAUUGCAAUCAGAGGGAAGCUUUGAAGAUAUCGAUAAGAUUACUGGUAACCAUCAAAGCCAAGUGUCAGGAAACAAGAAUAGAACUGGUGUUACGACUAAACGUUUAACUGAACCUGAACCAGAUUGUAGUUAUACAGGACACAAAAUUAACCAAACGUGCCUCAGGGCUAGCUGUGCUACUAACAGCACUACGAAUACAAAUAAAAAUAGUUGUGCAGAUUGUUACUGGAUAGCCAGUGGUUUUCAUGACAGAGAUAGCGGAGAAUGCUUUUUGGAGGGUGACGAAAAGGAACCAUUUAUAAAGACUGAUGAAUACAGCAAAGCGUUAUCGUUAAUUCCUACGGAUUUACAAAAUUCCAAGGAUGCAAAUUCAACAGUGGUAUUGGAUCGUUCUAGUUACAGUUAUAAAAAGCAACUAGACAUGGAAGUGAUCUUAUCUGUUGGGGACUCAGAAAACGAGGCAUGCAAUUACAGCGACCAUAGCGAUUCCACACUUUACAGUGAUUUGUCUAAAGAUGACCUUGAUCAAAUCGCAUCUCUUGAGGAUUUACUCUCUGAGGAGACAGUCACUAGACACGAGAACAAAAGUUUUACAGGAGUGAAUUCAAACCACAUAAAUCCUGGAAACUAUGGACAUUCUCAAUUACGUUCUAACAGUGAUAAUCCUAGUGAGAGAACUUCCCUCGUAAAAUCUCACAAACCGUUUGCUGUGUCACUGGAAACAUCAUGUACAGAGGAAUCAAGGUAUGGGACGAAUUCAAACCCAAGCCACAUACAAGAUGACAAUUCUGAAAAGGAACGUCUUUUAGCAUAUCUACAAAGCGAUGAUAAAGUAGAACAUACCUAUUCUGACCCAGAUAACGAUUUCUCAAUUGCACAUUCUGGGACAUACUGUGAACCAGAAAAACACCUUUCUGGGACAUACUGUGAACCAGAAAAACACCUUUCUGGGACAGGUUGUGAACCACACAAACACCAUUCUGGGACAUACUGUAAACCAGACAAAGACAUCUCCGAUACAUGUUGUGAACCAUACAAAGAUUAUUCUGGUACAGGUUGUGAACCACACAAAGAUCUUUCCGGUACACGCUGUGAAUCAGACAACGAUAUCUCCGAUACAUGCUUUGAACCACACAAGGACCAUCCUGGUACAUGCUCUGAACCACACGGAGACCAAUUUGAUAUAUGUUAUGAAGUUGAUGGAGACAAUUGCGACACAAAUAUUGUGCCACACGAAGACCAGUUCAAUACAAUGUCAUGUUGUGAACUCCGCAAAGAACAGUCUGGCAUAUGUCGCGAACCAAGUAGAGAAAAGUAUUGUAUGUGUUUUGGACCUAAACCACUUCACACAACCAACUCCCUUAGAAAUUGUGAACAACAUGUCCCAUACAAAACAUUAGAUGACAAUAGGAAAACUAAGGUAAAAAGCAAAGGAUACGUGAAAAAGAUAUGCUGAGCGAUAAUCAAGUUUGCAUACAGCUUAUAAAAAUUGCCGUAUUUCCUGACAUAUCGGCUUGUCAUAAAGACCGGUUGCUUUUGCAACAAUCAUUAUUCGGGGUUUAACAAGGAUGUGAAAAGUCCUAUUGUUUGUGUUAUAUGUAAGCAUUUUCUAGACUUUAAAGUUUUACUUUCUACACAAACAAUGUUUGUAAUAAACG